AUGCUGAAGGUGGGCUUGGUUCCAUGGUUAUGUAAAUUCCUGAAGGCUUCCACUAAUGUUGCAGUAUUGCCUGUUAACUGGCAAAGUGUCUCUCUGGGACUGAAGGUACCUCGCAAGGUCUCUAUUAAGUGGCUUCCCAAGUCUCCUAAACUGUGCAGUGGCCAUAACUGGAGCUCCCAGGGCUCUCGCUGGGCCUCAUUGAAAGGAAAGGAAAGUUUCCAUGGUGGUAACCUGUACAAAUUCAGCUCUGCUAAUGGAAAAUGGAGGGAAGGAAGGAUCAGUCCUGAGCAAGAAGCAGAGGAACUGGAGGAUUCUGAUGAUGAGCCUAUUUCCAAGUUUUCUGGCAGCCUUUUUGAUACCAAUGAUAGCAUGAGAAAUCAAAGAAACACCCGAACAGCUCUUCAAGAAAAGCAUAAGUCAGCAACGAAGGGGAAGACUCUUCUGGGGACUAACACUAAGGGGCAGCCACCCAUCUCAGCAGUGGGCAGCUUCCCCAGGGAGACCGGACGGAUCCCAGAGGAAUUGAGGGCAGUGGAUGCACCACAGCCCCCGCUGAAGGCAUCCUUCGCUUCAGAAACUGAUGCCCUUGAUGCUGAUCCUACUGAACCUUCAUCCAAGGGCAGCUCCUUCCCGACAGUAAACCACAUCAUAACAGUAAUUUCUCAAGAAUCUGGAACCAAACCAUUGGUCUUCACGUUCAUACCAUCCAUUGGAAGGCUUCCAACUCAUUGUGAGGUUGUAGAUAUCACUAAGUUCCUUGUGACAAUUCCAGAGGAGCCAAAGGAUCUGAGCAAUCAAGAAAUUAUAAAUAAGUCUAAUGCGGUCCCUGGUGAUCUGGCCUUAAAGAGCGGAGCCAGACCAGACUGUGUGUCCACCGUCGGUACAGACAGCACCCCAACGCCUUUCCAGCCACCGGGGUGUAGCUCGAGCAAAGGAGAAAUGCAGGAGAAUGAUCUUUUCAAGGCUGAGUUUAUCCUGAUUACAGACUCAGGUGAUGAAGAUGAAGUAGCUGCUACCUUGAAAAAUGUUCAUCAGCCUUCCAACGGCUACGAUCCCAUCAGUGCUCAGCUGCUGACCACAUCCCACCCUUCUCCUGGCACCGGGGCAGGGAAACCUGGCGAAGGGCAUGUUCCAGGUGCUGUGCUUUCCCACAGUACUGCUGAUCUGCAAAAAAAUCAGCAGUACAAGAUCAAGACAAGCUACAAGGCAUUUGCAGCAAUCCCUACAAACACAUUACUUAUGGAACAGAAGGCAUUAGAAGAGCCGGCCAAGACUCCUAGUGAGACUGAAGGAACUGCUUUGGAUACCCAUUCAGAGAUGUGCUCCCCUGCCCAGCUCAGACAACAAACAGAAGAGCUGUGUGCUGUCAUUGAUCAAGUCCUGCAGGACCCAUUGACUAUGCGCCGAUGUGAAUCUUCUCCAAGUUUUCUGCAGAUGAACAUGGAGUCAGAUGUUGGCAAGAUGUCCACAAAGCUGCAGAAAGCAACUGGACGUGAAACCAGAUAUGCCAGCCUUUACAAAUCCGCACCUAUGAUGACAGAGAGUCAGCUGACAAAACCUGGUGUCAUUCGUCCCAUUCUGGUGAAAGGAAAGAGUGCACAGCAAAAGGAGGAGCCUUAUCAAUCCAAUCCUUUUAAAAAGUACCUUGAAGAAAUAAGUGAUCAAGAUAUUGAGCAGCCCAGUCACCCCAUAGUGCCUAUUCCAGAAAAUGAAGCACUCAGCUCUAAGGAGGUUGCCAAUGAAAGAGGUUCAAUUUAG